AUUGAAUUUAACUUCCGUCUUAAAAACAUAAAAAUUUCUGCUUCUCUGGACUUGAAUGUAACUUCACAACUCACACAGACAUUGGUACCCCAAACUGCCUGCAGAUGAUACCAGGCCCAGCUCUGUUACUUAAAAUUUUUCACAAGCUGAGACAUAAAUAAGGUUCUGAUUUGGCAGCUUGUCUUGCUGCUGUUCAGAAGAGAUGAGAGAGAAUUGCCCUCUGUGUGCUGAACCCAGCAGCUUUGUAGGCAGUGCCCAGCUGCUCAGUAGGGAGAAGCAUUCACUCACAUGCCCUCCACCUUGGAGAAGUACCUGAAUAAAACAACUUAGUCUGGGAAUGCAGAGAAAAGAACUCUUUGUGCCACCACUUCGUUAAUCAGAAGCACCACAGAGAAUUAUAUUCAGCUGUUAGUAAUGGGAGCACAUGUAGAGGUAACAGAUAAGGGAAAAAUAAGGUGCAGGAAAGAAGUGCCCUUGUACAGGAGGGUGAAGACCUGCUGGGGUGAUGUGGAAUAGCUUAGAGGCCCAUGGCACGUACAGGUAAGGAUCUGCUUUGUGCUACAGCAUCCUUCUCACCUGUCCUCAUUGCCAAGGAAAUGUUGGAUUGUGGAGUCUGGCUGCUGAGUUAGGAGCUCUGACUUCCCUUCCCAGGUCUGAGCAGAGCCAGUGGUUGUAACUCAGCCUGCAGAAUCAGUGCAGUGCUUUUUCAAAGUGCUGCUCACUUGAAUUCAUGGAGGAGAUUUUGAACUCUUUGGAUACAAGAUCAUGGAGAAGAUAGUGUAUAAAUAGAGUGGGAAGGGAAAAUGUGUUGCAGGCAGAAGGAAUUCUCUGUCUUUGGUCAGCUAAUGAAGACCUUGUCUGGAUGAUGGGAGUUGCCUGGGGGUGAUCUGGAGUCAUUAGCCUGUAAUCUGCCUUGGGGUCAUGCUGGUAAAGUGGAGCUGGGGACACCUGGGAUGUGAUCACAGGUCUAAAGCUGAUCCUCGUGCUCUGCUUGUGACACCUACAAAUGAGGGAUUCCCUAAAAGCAGCAACACAGGCAUCCCUAGAAAUAGCUCAGGCACGUAGCAGUGACAGCAGAACAAGCACAUAAUCUCCUGCUGGAAAGGUUUGGGUUUAAUCCAGCAGGAAUUGCACGGUGGGUUACAGGUGUGCAGGGAUGGCCUCUCCCCUGUCCCCAGGGCUGCUUGUGGAGCUCCCAGGUGUGGAUCUGGUGGUCACUGGCUGCCAAGAAAAAAUCCAGCACUGGAAGAAGGUGGAGAGUGAUUAUGAGGCUCUUCAGGAACGACUCCAGACAUUGCCUGACAAGUUGUCCUAUGAUAUCAUGGUACCUCUUGGUCCUCUUGCCUUCAUGCCAGGAAAGCUUGUCCACACCAAUGAGAUCACUGUUCUGCUGGGGGACAGCUGGUUUUCAAAAUGCUCAGCAAAGCAGGCUGUGGAGCUGGUUGAGCACAGAAAAAAACAUGUAAGGAAAGCACUGGAUGAUUUGCAAAAAGUCAUGAAGAAUUUUGAAUCACGAGCUGAAUUCACAGAAGAUUUGCAGAAAAUGAGUGAUGCUGCAGGUGAAUAUGUUGACAUAAGAGAAGAAAUUGAAGAUGAUAGCAUUGAAACAAAAGGAAAACACCGAACUGCUCACAGACCUCAUUCAAAGCCAAAAGUAUCAAAUGUUUUUGAGGUAGAUUUUCCAGCAAAUGGAAGUGAUACAAAACCCAUGGGCCGUUUCCAGUCAGAGGAGGAACUGUGGGCCCGCUUAGAAGAGCUUGAGAGACAAGAAGAGAUCCUUGGUGAACUCGACAGGAUGCCUGAUACAGUUGAGACAAAUGGAGAAGAUGCAACCUCUUCUGAAGAGGAGAAGGAAGAUAAGGGGACAGAUGUGAAUGGGACGUAUAGGGCAGAGGACUGUAUUUCUCAGGGCAACUUCCAUAAAGAACUUGCAAACUCAGACUUGUUUGUGGGCCAAGUUAAUGGCUCAACUUACUAUCACAGUGAUGAUGAAGAUGACAGAGAUGUUGGAGAUAACUCUGUUCCAACUAUUUUUUUCUCUCACACUGUGGAACCUAAAAGGGUAAGAAUAAACACAGGAAAGAAUACUACUUUGAAAUUCAGUGAAAAGAAAGAAGAGGCCAAGCGUAAAAGGAGGAACAGCAGUGGCAAUGGCCAUGCAACCCCAGAGCUGCCCAACAUCAAAACCCCAGCAGACAUUUACCGAGUCUUUGUUGAUGUUGUGAAUGGAGAAUAUGUCCCUCGUAAAUCAAUUUUGAAGUCUCGAAGCAGAGAGAACAGUGUUUGUAGCGAUACCAGUGAGAACAGUGCUGCUGAGUUUGAUGACAGACGAGGAGUUCAGAGGAGUAUUAGCUGUGAUGAAGCCACUCAGAGUGACAACAGCGAAGGCAUCCUGGAGGAAGAGGAGGGGGAGGGGCAGCAGCAGCUACCGAAAAAGCUUCCUCCCUCUUCAGGGACAACCGAGGCAUUUUCUGGAACUGUCAUAGAAAAGGAGCCUUUGUCUCCCUCCCUAAUACCACACCCAGUCCUCGGUCACCCAGUGCUGCCGACCAUUCUGGAGCGCAAAUCAGAGGAACUUCAGUCUGACGCCCCAGAAGAACCAGUCAAGAGGAUUUCCAAAUUCAGAGCUGCCAGGAUGCAGCAGACUCAGUAGGUGCUGUCGAGCCCGAGCACCUUGCCUGCUUUCACCUCUCUGGCGAUUAUAUAAAGCCUUCUCUGUAGCACCCACCCAGUUACCAGGGUGUCCUGUGGUAAUUUGGCAGCGGUUAUCUCCUCAGCAUUCACUGGCAGCAUUAGGAAAACAAACAGUUCAGUGUUUGAACACUUGAGUAUUCAUCUUAUUUUGUCGGUUUCCCUGUGUGCUGUCAGCACCUUUGUAUAUGUUUGCCUUAUGAUAGCAGCACUUGGGUUCUUUUUCAAAAACUGUUCCUUACAUACAUUGUUUUUGUGUUUAAACCUAAAUACAGGCAGUUUUGUGCCAGCUGUGAUGUUCUACAUACCAUAUGGACCAUUUUAAGGAAACUUUUCACAUUUCAAAUAGAUUCACCAAUUAUAUUACAUUACUUGCUUUAGCAUUUUAAGACACACUUGUAUUCACAUUGCUGUAGGUUUUGCAACUAGGUGUCUGCUAAAAGUUUUUUUCCUUCUUUCAAACCUCUCUGAUAUCUCACUGUACAGGUCUAUAAAAUGCCAGGUUCAUGUACAUUGCAGGGAAGUUUCUUUGAUGGAAAAGGGUAUUUUGUAAAAUUAAAUUUUCAGUAAAAAAGCUGUGAAACUCG